AUGAUGGGCUCACACGACCAGCACUCGGAAGACACCAAGUCGACAAGCUCUGAUACACACUCUAUACACUCUAUCCCAGUGCCAGACCAGCCAGAAGUCGAGUCAAUCUCUGCACCGCUGCCCACAACCGACGGGAUACAUCCUGUACCAAGCCCGGAUCACGAAGAUGCAUCGUCUCUCGAGAAACAAGCCACGGCUUCGAUAGCCAGUGAAGACAUCGACCCCAUAUUCGUGCCCAAAGGUCAAAGAAGAGGGCUGCUAGCCCGCGCGGCCAUCAUUGCCGAAGUCGAGGAUCCCAAACACUAUGCUCGCAGGACAAAAUGGUUCAUCACCUUUGUCGUCGCAGUGGCAGGUGCUGCUGCUCCAAUGGGCAGUGGCAUUAUCUUGCCUGCCCUGUCACAAAUUGACCGCGAGUUCAAUUCUUCGUCUACAGUCACCAACCUUUCGGUUGCCUUGUACAUGUUGAGCAUGAGUGUCUUUCCAUUAUGGUGGAGUUCUUUCUCAGAGACCCUUGGACGAAGGACUAUCUAUCUGGUUUCUUUCUUUCUCUUUCUGGUCUUCAACAUCUUGAGCGCUGUCAGUGUAAACAUUGCCAUGUUCAUUGUCAUGCGUGUUCUCUCUGGAGGUGCUGCUGCUUCGGUGCAAGCUGUGGGUGCUGGAACCAUUGCCGAUGUAUGGGAUGUCAAAGAACGCGGUAAUGCCAUGUCCAUGUUCUAUCUCGGCCCUCUGUGUGGACCCCUGCUUGCCCCUAUUAUCGGAGGAGCCUUGACGCAAGGACUCGGAUGGAGGAGCUGUAUGUGGUUUACCACAAUCUAUGGAGCACUUCUCUGGUUCUUCCUUCUCUUCUUCCUGCCAGAGACGCUCAAGGACACCGUUCCUGCCUCGGUCAUCGCGGCUUCCUCAGAGAAAGACACCAACACCAGACCAACGCUUUCACGCACCAGCACACGACAAAGUGUAGCUCUGAAAUCAAAACGCUACGUUGCCAUCUUCCGUCGCUGGUUCGUCGACCCCUUGGCCAUUAUCCUCAAUCUGCGCAUCCCAGCCGUGGCACUGGUCGUCUACUAUGCUAGUAUCACCUUUGGCUCCCUCUAUGUGCUCAACAUCUCCGUCCAACAGACUUUCGACUCUGAACCAUAUGGCUUCUCCACCAUCAUCGUGGGUCUCCUCUACAUUCCAAACUCACUAGGCUACUUUCUCGCUUCCCUGUUCGGCGGCAAAUGGGUCGACAGAAUCAUGGCUCGCGAAGCUAAGAAAGUGAAUCGUUACGAUGAACACGGCCACCUCAUUUACCGACCCGAAGACCGCUUGCGAGAAAAUGCAUGGCUGGGUGCCAUCAUGUUUCCUCUCGCACUGAUCUGGUAUGGCUGGACCGCUCGCUAUGGCACCAUCUGGAUAGUCCCCAUGAUUGCAAACUUUUUCUUCGGCAUCGGAAGUAUGCUAAUCUUUGCUGUGGUCACCACCAUGCUUACCGAGUUUAUGCCAAACAAAGCUAGUCACGUCCUUUGA